GAGGGAGUGUACGUUUUCGGUGCGUUAAAGCACGAAAGCUCCACUCGCCUGCACUAGACUCAUACACCGGAUUAAAGCAAUACAUGUAUGCAACGCGGCGGAGCUUCCGACUGUUGUCCUGUGUGAAGUGUAUGCGAGUCUUACGAUUUUACCCGCCAAAAAUACAACUUACGAGAUAACGGAAAGAAGUAAGUGAACAGCGCCACUAUAAACCGAGCUCCCACCUUCUUGGUUCCGCCCACCGUCACCAUCCAGCCACGCCCACCACCCUUCUCCAGCCACGCCCAUCACCAUGUUUUGCUUCUAUCUCCUCCUGGGUAUCUCCCAAGCCCUAGCUGUCCUCAUCCUCAUCCUAGCGGGUUUCUGGACCGGCCACACCCUGGGCGGGUUCGCCUGGGAUGGAACGGCCAAGGAGUUUAACCUCCACCCUCUGCUCAUGAUUCUCGGCUUUGUAUUCCUCUACGGAGAUGCAAUAUUGAUGUUCCGCAUCUUGCGGACCGAAAACAAGACUGCCGUCAAGGUAAUCCAUCUUUUGAUGCAAGCUCUUGCUCUGAUAUGCGGCUGUAUAGCUCUCAAAGCUGUCUUCACAUUCCAUACCACCAUGGGAUUCCCGCAUCUUUACUCACUGCAUAGCUGGGUGGGACUAACAGCUUUCGUACUCUUCGCGUUUCAGUGGAUCGUGGGCUUUGUCUCGUUCUUUUUUCCGAAACUACGAGAGGAGUUUCGUGCCUCAUAUCUUCCUAUCCAUCGCUACUUUGGAGUCGCCAUCUUUGCCACCGCUGUCGCAGCUGCUCUAAUUGGAAUUAAUGAGAAAUUGUUUUUCUUGUACUCUGGCACUGGCGAUGCCCCGAAGUACGCCUCGCGUCCUGACGGAGCCUAUGUGGGCAACUUUUUGGCCUUCUUCAUCUUGAUGUUCGCCCUCAUCGUCGGCUUCCUCGUCACCAACCCGAAGUACGUCCGUGAACAGCAGCAGAACGAGGAGACGAUGCCGCUCGCCUCGUCGGCGGCGAUGAGACAGUUCCAGUCGACCGACACCGUGCCCGAAGCCGAAGAGGCGAAGUAGAUAAAUGAUCAUCGUCUUCUCCCAUGCCCACUGUACACAAGGCGUCAUUCGACUGACGCAAGACUACGUUAUUACCUGCGCUAAUCAGCCCUUGUAAAGACAAUAGGCCAUUAUCAUAAUGUAAACAAACGUCUGUGUAAAGGGCCUCGUUACGAACUAUUUCAUUCACCUUUAAAAUAAGUUGUAUUUCAACAGUCAGAAUGCAAUUUGCGUACAAAAUGCGUGUUAGGUUUUAUUUUGAUACAGUAAUAUAAACCAAGUGAAUGUAAUAAAUCGUAGCAAGGUAAACCUGUAAAUUUGAAUACUGAAAAUAGUUUAUUAGCCCUUUCUCCGUUAAUUGCUCUUCAUUUCGCAAACAUACUUUUGGAAAAUGUCAUUCUCACAUGGCACAUCUAAGACCGCUUCCGUCAGAGACGCAGCUUUGCGUCAGUCCAAAUGACGCCCCGUCUGCUAAGGGCAAUACAAAUACUGCGUUCAAAACGGAAAUUAUUGAAGGACCGUGGCAUACCUUACGAUCUGACUUGGACGACAGGAUUUUGAAAGAAAUUGAGUAAGGAUUAGAUUGUAGAAAUUCGAAACCUUAAAAAUGUUAACUCUUCCUGGUCGAGGUUAAAAUUGGUAUGUCAUUAUAGUUAGGGUGUUGAGAACCUUCGGGUUAAUAAAAAGACCCAAUCGCCGCGGGCUGUGAAUCAUCAUACAAUUCGCAUAUUUAGCAACCAACUAGAGAGCCGAUUAGGCUUAGAAUACCCUGAAUGUUAAUGUUAUUAUUGAUAUGACCAUUUGGUACCUAAAUGUGAUGCAAUUUAACAUUAAAAUUCGAUAUUUCUUUCCUCCUGCAAUGUCAUUCAAAUUACUCUCGUUAGGGUGUAAGGUAUGCUGUGGCGCUAACCCUUUCUGGUAAAACCUUGCACAAUGGGUUAACUUUUCAGUUCAAUAGUUCAAAUAUCAAAAGACGAUAACACAGUUUCUGUGCACCAUGUGAGGCACAUAGACUUAUCAAUGUUUAAGAACAUAUUAUAUCUAUGAAAGCAGCUAUUUAUUUUGUUGUCUCGCAGUACAGUCACUGUAUAGUAUUUAGUUAUGUUUAGAAAUCAUAUACAGAGAUAAUUAUGUUCAUAUCUAGAAUAGUGGUUUAGGUGGCGGUGUUUGCUAUAAUGUACUGUUUUUGAUGACGUUCAAGUAUAUAGUUAUAUCGGUUGGUUUCGCAGAAUUUCGGUGCAGAACAGUUACUUUCUUUGUAUUCAACAAUAGUAUUUUAGUACUGAUUAAAGCAGAAUGUUGUAUGAGCGCGUUGCACACGACACGUAAUUUCGAUUUCAAGCGCAAUUAAGUCGUCAUGCGCUCGUAAUUCCUGUAACGGACAUGCACCAGUAAUUCAAUUUUCUUUUUGGAUUCAAGUUGUGUGCACUGUCACACUCGUAUGACGCAUCUAAGGCCGCGCCAGUCGCUGACGCAGCAUUGCGCCAGUGGCUGACGCAUCAUUAUGUCAGGCAGAUGACGUGUCGUGUGUAACGGUCAAAACGAUCAUGACCGUCACAGAGUGCUGCUUCUUACUCUCCGAUCUUGUUAUUAUCCUAGCUUUGCCCAUGCAUCUUUGUGAAGUAAAGUGAUUCCUUCCUAGCUAGUACCCACUUACAACUACUGGGUCGAAAAAGACAUUUCGGGAAAAGAUGCCUUAUCUUAUGAUGACAAAAUGGCAAAGUCUUAACCCCCACUGCACUACUUACAGCGCCCUCUACAGCAAACAAUGCCUAAUCGAUGACCAUU